UUCAACAGAAAGCAAAAAGAAAUGUGAAGAUCAAAUUGAAUGUGUGAUACUUAAAACUUUAUUUUGGAAUCAAAAUAUGUUAUGUCCACUGUGUAGAAAAGAAUAUUCUCUAGAAGAAAUAACAAGUCACCUUGAUUUAUGUUUUGCAUCACUUGAUGUAACUCUAAAGAAUACAUCAUCCACCCUAAAGAGGUCCUACCCUAAAGAGGAAUGUGAUGAAAGAAAUCUAGCAAAGAAACACAAAGGAAGUUCCACAAUGGAUGUAAUAAAUAUGAAUCAAUCAAAAGCAAUGCCAAACAAAGAUCAGUUUCCACUUGCUGAAACAAUGAGACCUAAAUGCCUUGAUAAUUACAUAGGUCAACAACAUGUUAUUGGUUCUAAUACAGUGUUACAACAGUUGUUAACAAAAGGAUGCAUUCCUAGUAUGAUCUUCUGGGGUCCACCAGGAUGUGGAAAGUCAUCCCUUGCUAAUGUAAUCUCAAACUUGAGUAAAGAAAUACAUGGAAGUAAAGUGCAUGUUAUAAAAUUAUCUGCAACCUCUUCUGGUGUCAGCAGUAUAAGAGAUAUUGUUAAUAAAGCAAAGAAUGGAUCAAAGUUAAAUCAUGAGACUAUUGUCUUCAUGGAUGAAAUACAUCGUUUCAAUAAGCUUCAACAAGAUAUUUUCCUGCCACAUGUUGAGGCAGGCACAUUUACUUUGAUUGGAACAACCACAGAGAACCCUUCUUAUAGUUUAAACUCUGCUUUAUUAAGUAGAUGUCGUGUAUUUGUUUUAAAUAAAUUAACCCCAGAAAAUAUUGUUGAAAUUCUUUGUAAAGCAACUUUAUCUAUUGGUGGAGAAAUAUAUGAUUCCCAAAACCAAAGAUUGUCAAAUAAUUUACAGAAUAAAGUAGGUGUAAGUUUCAAGCCCGGUUUCUCAAUCAAUAAAACCAUAAUUGAUUGGCUAGCAGAAGUAUGUGAUGGGGAUGCACGGGUUGCAUUAAAUGGCUUAGAAUUAGCAGUUAAGACUAAAAUAUUGGAUGCACCAAAUCCUUUACAUGGUGCAUCAAUUACCCUUGAUGAUAUCAAAGAUAGUUUAAAACAAGCACAUAUGUUAUCAGAUAGACAAAGUAAAAAUACGCAUCAUUUAUAUUCUGCUUUACAUAAAUCAAUAAAAGCUGGUAACGCAAAUGCAGCUUUGUAUUGGUUAGCAAGAAUUAUGGCAAUCAAAGAAGAUCCGGUAGAUAUAGCAAGAAGAUUAGUAAGAAUAUCAAGUGAAAAUGUUGGUCUAAUGGAUCCUGAUGCUUUAGAAAAAUUUAAAAUUUUAGGAAUAGCAGUUCACACAAUGCAUGGAUGUGAAAUGAUCGGAAUGCCAGAAUGUGAUGUUAUUUUAGCAGAAUGUGUUGUAUAUUUAGCUAGAGCUCCAAAAUCUCAACUUGUGUAUAAUGCUUUAGAAUCAGCCAAAGAUUUUAUCAUGAAUUACAAAGGACCACAGCCAACAGUACCAAUACACAUUAAAGACAGAUCAAGUCAAAGAAAACUUCAAAACAUUUUCGGACAUGACGAGAAAUAUUUAUUACGCAAAGAAAAGAGAGGUCAAAGUUACUUACCCCCGGAUUUGCAGCAUGUUGACUUCUUUCAAGAUACUUCGUGAACUCCUCCUCUCCA